GUCGAGUCAUAGAGAAGUCUAUCUCUGACUAUAUACAGAGAGACCAGUGAGAAAAUAAUAAUAUAAAUAUUCUGUGUUUCUUCACUAAAUUCUACAUUCUUUAUACAGUUUUAGUUUAGCAAAAUAAAACGGUGAAUGAAUAUUUCCUGUAUGCAGUAAAUUAGCGGAUCAUCACUAUAACUUAGUGUGAAAUGCUUAUAUCUAUUACAAUUUUGGAUAACUAAUAUGUACAUCAUAUUGACUUCAAAAUAAUAGCUUUUUGUGUCAGUGUAUUAAAUUUUAAGUAAUAAGAAUUGUGUAAUAAAAAAAAGUCAUAUCCACGGUAUUGGAUUUCUUUUUAGCCCAGGACUGAUACUUGCCGGCAAUGCAUGAAAUGUCCUUAGGGAAAAUCUUUGUUGUUUCAGCACCAGAUUCCUGACAGAUAUGAUAAGGAUCCUGCAAGGAUUCGCCCUUUUUUCCUGAGAAAAUCCUGAAAGAAGUGUGUAGCCACGGAAUUUUAGGAUCCUGUCAGGAUUUCAAUAAUUCCUAAUUGGGAAGAAAAAGAUUUCCGAUAACAUCGUUCAGAAUUUAACUAGGUUUCCUUGAAGAUGUUAUUAAAUAUCUUGACAGGAUCUUUGCAGAUUUUCCAAAUAGAACAGAAGAGAAAUGAACACAUAGAGUAUCGAUCUCUAGACCUCCAGUUUACAUACCGAUGAAACAACUUUUAUGCAAACUUUGAAAACAUUUUGAAAAAUUUUUCUAUGAUGUUUUUUCAUAUUUAUUUGUUUGUGAAAAGAACCAAAUCAAGAUCAGGAUAAAAAUGCCAGUAGAUUAUUCAGUUCUCAGAAUUUUGUCGUGUUUCGAGCAAAAACACAAUAUGAUCUUGAAAAAUCCCUUAUUUUAUUUUUUUGCGAUUUUGCUCAACACCGGUAUUGAAAUUCUGUUGUGAUCUAUAGAUUCAUAAAUCUUGAACGGAUCCUGACCUGAACCUAAAAACGUGAGCUUCAUCCAUCCUUACCAGGUUGUAUUUUCUCAUCAAGAUCCUGAUCAUACUUGUACUUUCUUUUAAGGAUUCGAAAUGUUUGUUCUUGAGCAAUUUAGCGUAGGAUACUAACCGAAGCCUGGCAGGAUUUAUCAGUUGAGGAUUCUGACUAAUCUUGUUUUAUUCCUGGUAAAAUUCUUCUCUGAUACGACUGUAACUCUUGACAGGAUCGUCGUAUCACGAUCCAGAACAAAUCUUGACCAAAAUCUUUCUGUUAUACUUGUCAGGAUCCUGAAUAGGAUCGAGAAUGAAUCUUAGUAGGAUCCUGCAAAAUCAGUUUAGGAAAAAAUCCGACCAAGAACUUGAACAAAUCCUGGGAAAUCUAUCCAGAAUCAAACUUGGCAUGAUCCUUAACAUUUAUGAUGCUGAAAGAUCCUUCUAGGCUCUCUCAAGAAAUGAACACGGUUGAGUAAACUAAACAGUAAUCUGCAAAGAUCUUUGCUAAACCCUUAUAUUGUCUCAUCAAGAUCCUUAUUACGAUUGACAUUGUCUUGCAAGGUCUGAAACCGGAAACCUUGAAAAGUUCUGAAAAAGAUCCUGACUAAAGCUUUGCAGGAUUAGUCAGUUUCGUAUUCUAACUGAUCUGGUUAUUUUCUUGCAAAGACCGUUAUCUGAUGCGGCUAUCACUCCUAACAGGAUCCCGAUACGAAGAUUUGGCCCAGAUCUUGACGGAAACCUGAUCUUGGCAGAAUCCUCUCUUAUAAUUUCCAUUUUCAGAAUCAUCUAUCAUAAUCCUUGAUAGGAUCUAGAGUAAAUCCUGGUAGGAUUCUGUAUUGUGAACUCAGAAAAAUAUCUGAGCAGGAACUUGAAGAAAUCCUGAACACGAUCCUGUUUAAACUUGAAAAAUCCUGGAAACAGGAGUUACUAGGAUUCGAAAUAGGAUCCUGAAUAAAAUUUGACAAGAUCCUGGAGUUUCAAGCUCCUGAAAGAUCCUUCCAGGGUUUCUCAAGGAAUGAACCGGAUUGAGACUAGGUGUUGCUGAAUAUUUAAUUAAAGCUGGAUGUAAUGUGCAUGUACGCGAUUCAGUGAAAAAGACGCCACUUCAUUGGGCAGCAAUCUACAGGCUAACCAGCAUCGUUCUACUAUUACUUGAAUAUGGAGCAGAUAUUGAAGCACUGGCCGAUUUUGGACAACCUCCGCUGCACUCCCCGGUAGGAUAUCCAUUUCAUUCAGAAAUUAUCAAGUUACUGAGAGAAAAAGGUGCGAAAAUUUUGAACGAAAUGGCUAUUAAUGAAUUAAUUUCAAUUGCAAAAGUAUCUCUUGUCGAAAGUACUGAUUUUUUUGUAAACCAUGUGGAUGCUAUCGUUUUGUACGCAGAGGGACCUCAACUAGAAAACUUACUUUCCAAUCUAGAUGAUAACAAUCGUCUAAAACGAGAAAUUUUAGGUUUCUUAGACCAUGCAAAAUCAGGUAACGAUCUACAAGAACGUACUCAUUGCCAGCUUAUUCGCUCAUCUAUCGAUCGGAUUAAAGCCACAUAUCUUAUUCUUGUUGAUCAACCACAUUCGUUGGUAACAGAACAACAAUGGUUUGAAGCGAUUAUUGACAGCGCCAUCCAGAAACGAUUAACUUCAAUCGCAUUUCCAUGUAAUAUUUAUACGCGUGAAAUUGAUACAUGGUGUACACUAGACAAUAUUAUUCAAUUACAAAACACAAAUAAACUUCGAAAUUUGAAAGAAAUUCAAAUUAUUUAUGUUGACGAACCGAAUCUUGCAGAUGAAAAAGCAAAAUUAGAAAUGUUCUAUUCACAACUGAAGGUUAAAAGAGAAUAUGAUAACGAUGUUAGAUCCAAUAAUCAUCACAUAACGACACGAAGCACAUUCAACGAAGAUAAUAAUAGAAAUCAAAGAGAUAAUAAUUCUACUCUACAAAACUAUGAUCAUGCGACAUUUUUGACACCCAAUUCGAAUAAUUUACAGUAUACUGAAGGAAUGCAAGAAUAUCAGUUCGAAUUUGGCGAUUCUAUUUUAAUAGUUAAACAAGGUCAUAUUUUCGAAGAGAAGGCAGAUGCUAUCGUCGUCGAUGUAAACGAUUCUCAACCCACUGAACCAGUCGAAGCGAUCUGCAAAUUGGCUGGUGACGUUUAUAUACAAGCAUGUAACAAUUCAAAUCCAACUGAUGAACUUCUUCUUAUGCCUGCUGGUAAUUUACAUGCACGAUAUAUCAUUCAUCUCCCAUUACCAUGUUGUGCCCCAUCUAAGACAGCCAAUCAACAUUAUUUAGGUAAUCUUCAUGAUAAUUUGUCAAUAAUAUUUAAAAGUGCGUUAAAAUAUCGUAUUAAUCGUCUUUCACUUGUACCUGUUGGUUGUACAAGACAUCAUUUCAUGCCAGAAAAUGUAAUUGAGCAUUUACAUACAGCUUACUUAAAUCACGGUACAUAUGUGAGAGAUAUUGUAUUGGUUAUCGAUCAAUCGUCAAAUUUUCAAAUGUGGGUUGAUUUGUGCAAAAAAUGUACAGCUGAAUAUUCAAGGCAACGUGAACAAAAAAAGAGCGACGAACAAAAACAGACUGAUGAACAUCAUUGGACCAAAACGGGCGCUAAUGGUGGUAUUAAAGAAUCUAGUGCCAACAUAGAAAACCAACACAACUCUAUUAUAGCUCAUGAUUUAUCAAAAUACGAUGACAUAUCUUAUAAUAGGUAUUUGCUUUCGAAUGAUACUGUUUUAAUAAUUAAGCGUGGGGAUAUAUCAAAGGAAUCCACUGAUGUGAUUGUGAACGCUGCAAAUGAAUUUUUGGAAGAUGGAGCAGGCGUUACCGGUGCCAUAUAUAAGCGGGCUGGUCCAAUUUAUGCCAUGGCAUGCAAAAAUAGGCCAAUAAUAAAUAGAGUAGGUGGGCGUCUAGAGCGAGGAAAAGCGAUUGCAUUACCUGGUGGUAGUUUAUUAGCACAUUGUGUUAUUGCCACUGUUGGACCAGUAUUUGAUAGAUCGAGCGAAAUUCUAUCAAGAGAAAUUUUGUUUUCCUGCUACAAAGAAUGUUUAUUAUUGGCUAAAGUCAAGAAUUAUAGUUCAAUUGCAUUUCCAGCGUUGUCAUGUGGAGUUUAUGGUUAUCCUGUCGACAAGGCUGCUGAGGUGGCACUAGAAGCUGUUGAAAAGUACCCAAUGGAUUUGAAAGAAAUAGUUUUUGUCCUUUGGGAGGAGUCGACGUUACUUGCUUGGGUUAAAGAAGCAGAAAAAAAAUUAUGUAAAAUUCGGUAA